UGGGGGGGCACGGGGGCUUGGGGACAGAGCGGAGCGCGGGACCCCAGGGGUGGGGGGGAUGUCACGCUCCAGCAGCCACCCCCAGUUCCUGGAGCCCCCGUUUCCCACCAGGACAAGCCGUGCCUGGACCGCUCAACCCUCCAGGCCAGCGUCCUGCCUGUGCCCAGCCCCGUGCCAACACCCCACGGCAGCCCACGCUCCCCCCCUUGGCAUCGCUCCCCUGUGACUCUCACAUGGGGUGGGAGACGCAAACAGCAGCCCCGGGUGGGCUGGGGUCUCCUGGAAGCGCCGGGUGUCCCCAACCAGCCCCUGCUCGCAGCCCGACUCUCCUCCCACCCCCAGGUGCUGUCCCCAGCCCUGUGUCACCAGCGCUGAGCGGAGCACGGCUAUUUCUGUCACCCGGCGGGCAGAUGCUGGCCACAAAGCUAGAGACGUGGGACACGGCUCCGGAGCAGGGUCGUGGCUGCCUCUCCUUCCCCCCUGGGGCUGGGUUUGUGCUCUCAGCGCAGCUCUCGGUAUCGGUGCAGCACAUGCUCAAACCACAGGUUGCAGAGCUCCGAGACACCGGUGGCUCUGCAGCCUCUGGGCGAGGACGGGAGAGGUCCUGCAGUGCAAUGGAGAAGGCGAACCCCAGCCCCACCGCCAUGGAGACAGCGGCCACCACCGACUUCUACUCCUGGGAGUACGACCCCUCCUGGGACGACGGCAUGCUGCCCGAGCUGUGCGAGAAGCAGGAGGUGCAGGGCUUCGCCCGCACCUACCAGCCGGCCGUCUACCUGCUGCUCCUGCUCCUGGGCACGGUGGGCAACGGGCUGGUGCUGCUCACGCACACCCGCUACCGCCGGGCGCACAGCGUCACCGACGUCUGCCUCCUGCACCUCGCCCUGUCCGACCUCCUGCUGCUCCUCACGCUGCCCUUCACCGUCACCGUCACGCUGCAGGGCUGGGCCCCGGGCACGGCCGCCUGCAGGGCGCUGCAGGGCAUUUACGCCCUCAACUUCUACGGAGGCUUCCUCUUCCUCACCUGCAUCAGCGUGGACCGCUACGUGGCCAUCGUGCGGGUGCCGGCCGCUUGCCGCCUGCGCCCGCGGGCUCGCCGCCAUGGCUGGCUGACGGCGGGGCUGGCCUGGCUGCUGGCCACCCUGCUGGCGCUGCCCCAGUUCGUCUACGGCCGAGCGGAGCAGCACCAGGACCUCCGGAUUUGCCGCGUCGUCUUCCCCCCGGCGGUCUCGCGGGCGGCCCGGGGGGCCACCAACCUGGCGCAGGUCGUGCUGGGCUUCGCGCUGCCCUUCCUGGUGAUGGCGAGCUGCUACGCGGCCGUGGCUCGGACGCUGCUGGCGGCUCGCGGCACCCAGCCCCACCGGGCGCUGCGGGUGCUGCUGGCCCUCGUGCUGGUCUUCGUGGCCCUGCAGCUGCCCCACAGCCUGAUGGUGCUGCUGGAUACGGCCGAGCUGCUGGCCAGCUGGGAGGUGAGCUGCGCCCAGAGCCGCCGCAAGGACCUGGCGCUGCUGGUCACCGGCGGGCUGGCGUACCUGCGCUGCUGCCUCAACCCCCUGCUCUACGCCUUCCUGGGGCAGCGUUUCCGCCGGGAGCUGUGGCUGCUGGCCAGCGAUGCCGGCUGCGUGGGGCCCAUCGACCCGCGCUGCCCCGGCUGCCCCAGUCCCCGCCGGCGUUCGUCGCUCUCCACCUGCCAGGACGUGGCGUAGGGACGCGGUGCCCGUGCCCGGGGCAGGUACCGGCACCCUUGGGGCUCAACACCCCGCUUUUGGGGGAGCUUGAACCACCCUCAGUGCCCGUGGAGCUGCCUGGCAGGGGCAGGACGGACAGAGCGCACGCCUGGGCAGACGGACGAGGAGCCCCGCAGCAUCCUGCCCAGCGCUGGGACGGGGACGAUGCCCUGAGCUCGGGGGGACCGUGCAACGCCAGCUGCCUUCUGGAAGGACCGUGCAAUGUCACCCACGGCU